AAUGACAAAUUUAUAUGAAUUCGGAGUCACAAUUUAUGACUUGGGCUUUUCAUAUUACUCAACAGCCCAAAUCCACGACUCUCACUUGACGACAAAAAUAAAAUACAUCCCACUCUCACCGUCUCACUUAGGAGAAAGACCCACCGAACCAGACUCGGACUCGCGGCUCCAAUGCUGAUUCGUUGCGUUGCGAAGACGAUAUUUCCCAGCGCCGGCGUAGCAGCAGCGAGGCUCGUAUCUUCACUUGCUGAUGGUUUGGAUACCGUAGUAGUACCUCACCGGAAGGAGAUACUGAGAAAGACCGGUCGACGACGCAGCGUUCCCUCUCUGCUUCAGGAACGGAUCGACUCUGGCCACGCCGUCACGUUAUCCGAGCUCCGGCUAAUCUCCAAGCGUCUCAUUAGAUCUAAUCGCCACGAUCUGGCACUCCAGAUGAUAGAGUGGAUGGAGGAGAAUCAAAAAGAUGUUCAAUUAAGUGCUAAUGACAUUGCCCUUAAACUAGAGCUGAUCAUCAAAGCUCAUGGUUUGAAACAAGCAGAGGAGUAUUUUGAGCAACUACUAGAUACUUGUGUGUCUAGCAGAGUAGCGAAAUCAGUUUACCUCCCUCUUCUUCGUGCUUAUGUGAAGAGGAAACUGGUUAAAGAAGCAGAAGCUCUCAUGGAGAAGCUGAAUAGAUUGGGGUUUCUUGUUACUCCGCAUCCGUUUAAUGAGAUGAUGAAGCUUUAUGAAGCUAGUUACCAGUUUGAGAAAGUGGUUAUGGUUGUUUCGAUGAUGAAAGGGAAUAAGAUACCGAGAAAUGUUCUUUCGUAUAAUCUUUGGAUGAAUGCUUGUUGUGAGGUAGAUUGUGUUGAGGGUGUGGAAACGGUUUAUAAGGAAAUGGUUGGUGAUAAGAGUGUUGAAGUUGGUUGGAGUUCGUUGUGUACUUUGGCUAAUGUUUAUAUUAAGUGUGGUUUUGAUGACAAGGCUAAGUUGGUUCUUGAGAGUGCGGAAAAGAAGUUGAAUAGAAGCAACAGGCUUGGAUAUUUCUUUCUCAUCACGCUUUACUCGUCUUUAGGGAAUAAGGAAGGAGUUGUUCGUCUUUGGGAAGCUUCUAAAUCGGUUGGUGAUAGGAUUAGUUGUGCGAAUUACAUAUGCGUGUUGUCAUCAUUGGUGAAAAUUGGUGAUCUUGAAGAGGCUGAGAGUGUCUUUAGCGAGUGGGAGGCUCAAUGCUUUAACUAUGAUGUCAGGGUCUCCAAUGUUCUUUUGGGUGCUUAUGUGCGUAAGGGAGAUAUCCUCAAAGCCGAGUCGUUGCACAGCCGUGUAUUGGAGAGAGGAGGUAAUCCAAACUACAAGACUUGGGAAAUUUUAAUGGAGGGAUGGGUGAAAUGUCAACAUAUGGAGAAAGCCAUCGAUGCUAUGCACAGAGCGUUUGAACUAAUGAAGGGGUGUCAUUGGAGACCAUCGCAAAACAUUGUCAUGGCAAUUGCCGAGUACUUUGAGAAGGAGGAGAAGAUUGAGGAAGCAACUGCAUAUGUUAGAGAUUUGCAUCGUCUUGGUCUUGCAAGCUUACCGUUGUAUAGAUUGUUGCUUAGAAUGCAUGAACACGCUCAGAUGCCAGCUUUUGACAUCUAUGAAAUGAUGAAGUUGGACAAAAUCCGAAUAGUUUUGUAACAAAAAGGUGAUCAAAGUGAAAGCAAAACUAUUUAUUUUAUGUAACAAAUGUAUAUAAUCUACAACAUGUUUUUACGAAAGUGAGUUUAACUAUUGUCAUUUCAUUUCU